GCAGAGGAAAUGAUUUAUGAUGACGUUGAAAAUGGUGAUGAUGGUGGGAACAGCUCUCUGGAGUAUGGCUGGAGCUCGAGUGAGUUUGAAAGCUAUGAAGAGCAGAGUGAUUCUGAGUGCAAGAAUGGAAUUCCCAGCUCCUUUUUGCGUGGCAACCACAAGAAACAUCUUUCUCAUGACCUAACACGGUUAAAGGAGCAUUAUGAAAGAAAGAUGAGAGAUUUGAUGGCAAACACUGUGGGAGCAGUAGAGAUUCAGCAACUAAGGCAAAAACAUGAGCUGAAGAUGCAGAAGCUUAUGAGAGCUGCUAGAGAAGGCACCAAAGAUGGACUGGAAAAGACAAAAGCAGCUGUGAAGAAGGGUCGUUCCUUCAUUAGAACAAAAUCUUUCAUUUCCCAAGAUCACAGAUCAUCAUGUCUGGAAGAGGAAGAGCUCAAUUUGUUUAUUGAUGUGGACUGUGUGCAUACAGAAGCAAUUAUGACUCCCAUGCCUGAAGGAUUGUCCCAGCAGCAGGUGGUGAGAAGGUAUAUUUUGGGCUCUGUCGUUGACAGUGAGAAGAAUUAUGUGGAUGCUCUCAAAAGAAUCCUGGAGCAAUAUGAGAAGCCUCUUUCAGACAUGGAACCAAAAUUACUGAGUGAAAGGAAGCUUAAAAUGGUGUUUUAUCGGAUUAAGGAGAUCCUUCAGUGCCAUUCCAUGUUCCAGAUUGCCCUGGCGAGUCGCGUGUCCGAGUGGGACUCUGUGGAGAUGAUCGGGGAUGUCUUUGUUGCUUCAUUCUCCAAGUCCAUGGUGUUGGAUGCCUACAGUGAAUAUGUGAACAAUUUCAGCACAGCAGUAGGGAUCCUCAAGAAAUCCUGUGCCACCAAACCUGCCUUUUUGGACUUCUUAAAGCAGUGCCAGGAGUCAAGCCCUGACCGAAUCACACUCUAUGGUUUGAUGAUGAAACCUAUCCAGCGUUUUCCACAGUUCAUUCUACUUCUGCAGGAUAUGCUGAAGAACACUACUAAGGGCCAUCCUGACAGGUUGCCUCUGCAGAUGGCUCUCACAGAGCUGGAGACUCUGGCAGAGAAGCUGAACGAGAGGAAAAGGGAUGCAGAUCAGCGCUGCGAGAUCAAACAGAUAGCUAAGGCCAUGAACGAGCGUUACCUGAACAAGCUGCUCAGCAGUGGGAACAGGUACCUCAUACGCACUGAUGAUAUGGUGGAGACAGUCUACAAUGACAAAGGAGAAAUCAUCAAAACCAAGGAACGGCGACUCUUCAUGCUGAACGAUGUGCUGAUGUGUGCAACAGUAAAUAUUCGCUCUUCCUACGAAAGCAGUGGCACUUUGACAACUGGCCAGAGGUAUUUGUUGAAGUGGAGUGUGCCCCUGGGACAAGUGGAAGUCAUAGAGUAUGGCAGCAGUGAGGGCCAAGGAGACAACUGCAGGUUUCCACCCCAGCACACUGCUGAAAACGUCAUCCUGAACUCCAAGCCAAGUAAGUGA